AUGAACGGCACCAAGCCGAGCACGAAUGAUUCCAGUUCGUCAAGCUACGAUGUGGUCAUUUUGGGAGCCGGCUUCAGUGGUAUCGCUAUGCUAUAUCGCUUGCGGAAGCUAGGACUCAGCGUCAGAAUAUUCGAAUCUGGCGAUGACUUUGGAGGCGUCUGGCACUGGAACCGAUAUCCAGGGGCGCGUGUUGAUUCAGAAUGGCCGUACUAUCAAUUGAACAUUCCAGAAGUCUACCAAGACUGGAACUGGAGCGAGAAGUUUCCCGGCUUCGAAGAAUUGCAACGCUAUUUCGCCCAUGUUGACAAGGUCUUAGACCUGCGGAAAGACGUUACUUUCCAGGCUCACGUCAACGACGUUCAAUGGGAUGGCAGCAAAUGGACCGUUCGAACGCAAGCUGGACAUACUGCCAAGUGCAAGUAUGUUGUUCUGUGCACCGGACUACUACACCGAGCAUAUACCCCAGGUUUUCCAGGUAUGGACAGCUACAAGGGCGCCGUGUAUCAUACUGCAGAUUGGCCCCGACAGGCUGAUUUCAGUGGAAAGAAGGUUGCUGUGAUAGGAGCCGGCGCAACUGCCGUCCAGGUGGUGCAGGAAUUGGCCAAACAGGCCCAAUACCUGACAGUAUUCAUGCGCAGACCGAGUAUUUGCCUGCCUAUGAAACAGCGACGACUUGGCGACCUUGAGCAGAGUGGAUGGAAGACGUACUUCGAUGCACUCUUCGUUGAAGGGAGGAAAAGCGCCACUGGGUUUCCCGGCCGCCAGGCACCCUGUGGAGCUAUCGAUGUGACGGCUGAGGAGAGGGAGAGAUCCCUCGACGUUCUCUGGAGACGAGGAUCGUUUAACUUCAACAUGUUCAACUACAACGAUAUCAUGGUGAAUAAAGAAUCGAACAGGCUGAUAUAUGAUUUCUGGGUGAAGAAGACAGCACCACGACUGAAGAAUAUCAGGAAAAGAGAGUUGAUGGUUCCGGUAGAUCCGCCCUACUACUUCGGAACGAAGAGAAGUCCACUCGAGCAAGACUACUACGAAAUGCUGGAUCGCGACAACGUCGACGUUAUUAGCCUCGCCGAGACAUCUAUCAAGACCUUCAACGAGACCGGAAUUCUGCUGGACAGGCAGAUGGAUUUUGAUGUCGUCGUCCUAGCUACAGGAUUUGACUCGUUCUCAGGCUCAUUAUUCAAAAUGGGUCUCCGAAGCCGCGACGGUCAAGAUAUUAGGCACGUAUGGCAGGACGGAAUUAAAACAUACCUUGGAAUGACGUUUCAUGGAUUCCCAAACACGUUCAUGGUGUAUUCACCUCACGCGCCCACCGCCUUGUCUAAUGGCACGACCAUGAUCGAAGCACAAAGCGACUGGGUUGCUUCCGCAAUCGACAAGCUGGAAAACGAAGGCGUGCUCUCUUGCGAGCCCACCAAGGACGCCGAAGAUGAAUGGGGCAGUAUGAUCGCAGACCUGAAUAAGCCGACGUUGUACCCGUUUACGAACAGCUGGUGGAACAAAGCUAAUCUACCCGGCCAAAAAGCCCAGAUGUUGACACAUCCUGGUGGGAUUGAAAUGUAUGAGAAACAAUGUCGAGAGAAACUGGCAGGCUGGAAGGGCUUUGACUUGGUCUACGAGAAGCCUUCAUAAACACCGGUGUAAAGUCACG